CUUUCUUCUAUAUUUAUAAACCAAAAUAGCACUUUAGAACAUCCAUUUCAAUUUUCCAAGUUUAGGCCAAAGCUAUUUAUACCCAAACAAACACCGCCACAUCACACCACAACCGUGAUUCCAAACCACCACCACCAUUUCCAAACCCAUUUCAAUCACCAUCUUCCUCCAUCCAUCACCACCACCAUGGAGGAAUACGAAACCACCACCAAGCAAACCUCCCUCCUAGACAGAAAGCGCAGGUACGACCGCUCCGUCUCCCACGCCAAAGACGAGUUCCAAACCUUCCGAUCUUACCUCCGAUGGAUGUGCGUCGACCAAUCCACCCCCUUCACUACCGCACUCUCAUGGCUCGUCUUCCUCCUCUUCGCCGUCGCUAUCCCGGCCGGGUCACACUUCCUCCUCGCCUGCCCCACCUGCGACGCCAACCACUCCCGCCCUUACGACGCCGUUGUCCAGCUCUCACUCAGCUCCGUCGCGGCGCUCUCGUUCCUCUGCCUCUCCUCCUUCGUCCGGAAGUAUGGACUGCGGCGGUUCUUGUUCUUUGAUAAGCUCUGUGAUGAAAGCGAGACCGUUCGAUUGAACUAUAUGGCACAACUCAAUAGGUCAGCCAAGAUCCUACUAGUAUUUGUGGGGCCAUGCUUCUUGGCAGAGAGUGGAUACCAAAUAUGGUGGUAUGCAUCUGGAUACUCACAAAUCCCCUUCCUUGGUAACGUGUACCUGAGUGAUGUAGUAGCGUGCAUAUUAGAACUCUGCUCCUGGUUGUACCGAACCACAGUGAUAUUCCUGGUGUGCGUUCUGUUCCGUCUGAUCUGCCACCUCCAGAUCCUACGGCUGAGGGAUUUUGCCAAUUACUUCCACGUGGACUCUGACGUGGAGUCUGUGUUGUCGGAGCACUUGAGAAUAAGGAGACACCUUCGAAUCAUAAGCCAUAGGUUCCGCGCGUUCAUCCUACUCGCGCUGGUGAUGGUCACCGGAAGCCAGUUUGCGUGCCUCCUUGUCAUAACCCAACAUUCAGGAGAUGCCAACAUCUAUAGAACCGGCGAGCUUGCGCUGUGCUCAGUGACUCUCCUUUCUGCGCUGUCCAUCUUAUUCCGAAGUGCCACCAAGAUAACACACAAAGCGCAAUCAAUCACGGGGCUUGCUGCCAAGUGGCACGUUUGUGCGACGUUGGAUUCUUUUGAUGGAGUGGGAGAAGGUAACACGUUAACGGCUCAGAUUUCCCAUGAAAAAAUGUUCCCUACUGUGGGAACUGAUGGGGAAUCAGAUACUGAUGAAGCAGGAGAUGAAGAAGAUGAGAUUAAUACCACCAAGUUAAUCCCAUCUUAUUCUUACAGCACCAUCUCAUAUCAUAAGAGAAAAGCUCUUGUAAAUUACUUUGAGAACAAUAGGGCAGGGGUUACAGUAUAUGGAUUUGUGUUGGAUAGGAGUACCAUCCACACCAUAUUUGGUGUUGAGCUAUCGCUGGUCCUUUGGGUGCUUGGAAAAACAAUAGGCAUUUCUUGAAGAAUCAUUAUUUGGUUUCACUAUAAAGUCUAUUAAAUAUGCAGUAUGUGUUUCCGAAUGAUAGCUUAAAUAGUAAGAGUUGAUGAAUAUAUUGGUUGAAGAGGGAAAGAUCCAGAGAUCAAUCACCAGAGGAUGUAAUUUAUUUUUCCGAUGUCAAAAAAUGUAGUAUGUGAGUGCCUCAUCAUUGAUCUAUUACUCCCAAUUUCGACGGCUUAUUGCUCAAAUGACAAGUUAGUAAUCGAUCUAUCUCUUUUUUCCA